AUGGAAAAUGAAAACAGCUUUGAACUCACUAAAGAACACUCUUCAAAUAUUGAAUUACAUAAUGAGAAUUUGGCUAUAAUAGUUGGUGAACCAGGAGUUAGACAAAUAGUUGACAAUUGGGAUGAACUUGAUUGUAAUAAAUUAUAUAAUAAGGAUUUGGCUAUAAUAGUUGGUGAACUUGAUUGUAAUGAAUUAUAUAAUGAGGAUUCAGCUAAUAUAAUGAAUGAAUUAGCAGCUAGACAAAUAUUUGGAAGUUGA